CUCGCUCCUUGCGGUCAACGCUCAGUGGCGCUGCUCGUGCAGUUAGUUUCGCAAAUAAAUUAGGUGGAGUCGGCAAAAGUAGGAGUAGGCCUAGUACCACAGCGGGGUCGCAAAAUCUGGUUCCGCCUGAGUCCUUGACUCAGCCAAGACCUGGGUCUGCUUCCCAAGGCCUCAUUCCUGAAAACCGACCCCUAACUCCUGAAGAAUUGGCUUACAUGGAAGCCAUCGGCAGUUGGACGCCAGAAGCAGCUGAUCGGGAUGCGCACAGAAAGCUGGGCUUCUAUAAGGAGGAAACCGCACCUAAGUUUCCC